CGUCAUCGAACGUUUUCUGACUACAUCGGCGUGUUCAGAGAGGCAUCUGUUAAAAUAAAAGCUCAUACAGUCAAUGGCUAUCACUCUGAAAUUGUAGGGGACGGAACACCGAUGGACUUCUGGGAUUUCCGCGGAUGGACGAGAAUCCCUCAGAACAGAGGGCUUAAAGAACCUUUAGUUCUUACUCCACAUUUAAUGCGCCAUGUGUAUAAACAUAUGAAAUUCCUACUAAUCUUCAGGAAUCCGAUAGACAGGUUAUAUUCGGACUACUUUUUCAUGAAUUAUGGACAUUCACCUGAAUCAUUCCAUGAUCAUGUUAUCCUUUCCAUCAGAAUGAUGGAGAACUGCAUCCGGGACAAUUCUUUGAGAACAUGCAUGUUCAGUUGGAAGAUGUACUAUCAACUGCCGACCCGACUCCAUAUUGGCUGUUACUCGGUGUUUCUCAAGGAAUGGCUUGCUGUCUUUCCGCGGGAGGACUUCCUCAUCUUGAAGACAGAGGACUACAACAGAGAUGCACUGGGGACUCUCCGAGACGUCUUCAACUUUUUAUUACUACCUCCACUGAAUGAAAUGGCUAUGGACAAUCUCACAGAUCUGAAAAGAAGACACGAAACCAAGUCUAAGAAACGACUUGUAACUCUCCUGUGUGGAGAUAUGGAAGAUUGUAAUAUCAGCGUUGUUCCCCCUCGAAACGGCAGACGACGAGGAAAACAUAUUAUGGACGCUUCGAUCCCUAAAAAGAGGAAACGAAAUUUCUCCACUGCGGACAUUGAUAUAAUCGUGUCUGGCGUGGAGAGUAAUUUUGAAACGUUGAUCUCAAGUCUCACAAAUACGGUCACCAACAAUGUAAAGAAGAAGAUCUGGAACGAUAUCACCACGAAACUUAAUGCAACUGGUGACAUAACAAGGAAUGAAGAGGAGGUCCGAAAGAAAUGGACAGAUAUGAAGGCAUGUGCGAAAAAAUCAGAGUCCGCCAGGAGGCUGAAUGCUAAGAGAACUGGUGGUGGACCACCCCCUGAUGAUCUUACUGUAAUGGAAAAGAGGAUUCUCAACAGGAAGUGUUCUUCACACCAGUAA